AUGUCUAGGGGUGAAAGAUCGUUUUUAGCACAGCUCUGUUUUGGUAUACUUCCUUUGCGUAUUGAAACGGGACGAUAUAGACAUGAAACCGUAGACAGACGCAUUUGUAAAUUAUGUUCUUUAAAUGUAACAGAAGAUGAAAUACCGACAUUGAAAGCCAUGGAUGGUGCUAUAACUUAUCGUGAAACACUUGAUGCUAGGUUACAAAUACUUUAUCCAUCAAGACAACAGAUUGAAAGUUUUAUCAAGGAGCACCCUCCAAGAUUCACCAGUGGAGUCAAAGAACUAAUACAAAUACUACAUGAUAAAAGGAUUGAUGUUUAUCUUGUCUCAGGUGGUUUGUAUUCUAUAAUACAACCUAUGGCCAAAAUAUUAAAUAUACCAAUUAAAAACAUCUAUUGCAAUAAAUUGAAAUUUUACUUUGAUGGAGAGUAUGCUGGAUUUGAUGAUGAUCAGCCCACAUCCAGAGAAGGAGGAAAGCCAGAAGUUGUUGGUCUAUUGAAGAAAAAAUAUGGAUACAAGAAUCUUGUUAUGAUUGGAGAUGGUGCAACAGAUUUAGAAGCCUGUCCUCCAGCUGAUGCAUUCAUCGGCUUUGGUGGAAACCAGAUCAGACCAAAAGUCCGGGAACAAGCAAAAUGGUUUGCCACCAACUUUGCUGAAUUAACUGAAGCCCUCCGAGAGUAA